CUUUUCGUAUGAAUGACGGAUUCACGGAUAUGACAUUUGAACUUUGACGUUUGGUUCCGUGGGUUUUCAGUUUUGACGUUUGUGACGUAGAUCUUGCUCAUUAAAACGACAAGAUUUCAAUAACACUCUGGCAGCUGAUUUGAUAGUGCCGGCGAAAAAAUCCUCUCAUGCUAGAUAUUCGAUCUGAAACAUGGGUUAGGUCACGCGGAACCUCGGGGUGAUACAGAAUAAAGUGUUGUUCACUUUCGAGUUCUAACUUGCGGAGGUGUUUGUCGUUCGGUGAAGUGUAAAGAACAUUAGAAAAGAGGCGAAAAACUCGGUGAAAAUGUACGCGAACACGGGAUGAAUCAUGUAGCACGACCCAACUGAUUAAAUGCAUAUCUCGGGGUCGAAAAUCAUAAUCGAGCGAGAUUCCAAUCCGAAAUUCCUUAUGACUGCGAAACAUAACCUAGAAGCGAUAAUUGAACACCAGAAGAUGCUUUCGCCUAUUGUAAUCGGAUCAGUGGUUGUUGUCUCAUUCUUGCUUGUAUUCUGGAACAAUUUGUUAUGGGUUCUGUCUUUCGGGUUUUUAACUUUGUCAUGUGUGUUGCUGGGCCCUGCGAUCGUUAUCAUGAUUCAUAUCGCUUUAUCACCGAAACAUCAAACUGGAAGAGGAAAUACGAAAACUGUCGCUGAACUUGAUGCUUUUCGCAACAUGCUUAUGAAAAAUUACGAUCCAAAAGCAAUGUGUAAUAGAAAGCAGCUACGCUACCCUGUCGUUUUUACGCGAUUAGUGGACAGUGCUCUGCAAAAUUUGCUGGAUUUAGCAUUCCGCGAUUUUGUAGGUGCUUGGUUAAACGAUUUAUCAUUUGGAUCGGAUCAAUUAAUUGAUAGCAUGAAGCAGGACGUCUGGGGAGCCAUUCAAAGUCUUCACGACAGACUUUCACAUGUCGAUCCUACGAAACUUGUUGCUUGUAGUAUAGUAAACAGAGUCACCUUUCAUUUUGAGAAAAUCCGAAUUGCUCAAGCAGCGGCCUCGGAAGGAGAAGACCCUGUAUUUAUUUUAUCUCCGCACUUAAUGUCUCGAGAAGCUGAACUGCAAUAUCUAAGAAAAGUCAGCGAACUCUGUGUUAUGUUAUUCCUACCUCGGAGUUAUUCUUUAACGCCAACCAAAUUUCUUCUAAGGGAAAUAGUUACUUGCAAAAUUCUGAAACCAGCGAUAGACCUAAUAACAGAUCCGGACUACAUAAACCAGAAAAUUCUCUCCUAUAUCGAACAACAACAAAUGACGGAAGCUAUGCACAGGAAAACCUAUGAAUACGCUGAAUCAUUCGAGGAUUUUAUUCGGAUGAUCAAAAGCUCGCGUGAUCUCGAAGUUCUCAAACAUAUCAGAUAUAAUAUAGUAACGGAGAUCAUGCAGGCGACAACAAUUCAAAAUGUUAAGAGAGCUCAGGGUUUGGACCCCGAGAGUAAUUCCUUAGGAAAAUCGGAUGCCAUUCAGGCUAGGAAACUGAAGAGAUAUAUUAGUCAGCUGACUUAUGCAAAAAAUACUUGCGAGUGCCAUAUGCAGUCUCUGGGAUGGGAUGGAUAUCCAAUACAGGAAAGUGACUUAUCUGAUCCAAAUGCGAUCGGCGAAGGGAGAGUUUUGCCAUUGCCGGCAAUUUUGGAAAACGUAAUUGGCAGGAGGCACCUCUCUCAAUUUCUUGAACAAGUUUCAAGCCAAGGUUUGAUUGGCUAUUGGGCAGCAGUUCAGGAAUUGCGAGCCGCAGAAAGGUCUAGCUGGCACCAACUUGGAGCCGAGAUUUUCUACACCUACAUCAGAUCCCCAACAGCUGAGAUAAAAGUGGAUAAGAACGUUCGAAAGAGAAUGGAGAGUUUUCUGCUCGGUGACAAGGGUCCAGAUGUCUUCUACGAGGUGCAGGAGAAGGUCGUAAAAACCCUCCAGGACAAAUAUUAUCCCUCUUUUAUCGUGAGCGAUCAGUACAAAAAAAUGCAGGAGGCGCUAAUCAACGAAAGGGCUGAUGGUCUUGUCGAGGACCGUCAGAUUGACGGAACAAUUUCGGACUCGUCGGCCCUUUUAGUCGGCGAACAUUCAAAUUACGCGCGAAGUAAACUUGAUCAGCUCCAGGAAAAGCUGAAUAAUAAAAUGCAGGCUCUCCAGGCUCUGAAGUCGUCGAUGAAGCCAGAAAGUCGAGUGCUGGGUAUUUUAGCGAAGGAGGUGGAAACCCUUCAGGGAGAAAAGCGGCAGCUGGAGGCUCAUUUGACUCAUACGGAAAUGUGGGCCGAACACUUGGGAAGAUGGAGGGCUGAUGUUCAAAGUGCUGAGAUGCCGGAUAAUGGAGACCCUCCUCAGUUCAUCCUUGUCGUUCACAUGGCAGCGGACGAGAAGAGUGAAGAGAAAAUAUCAACGGGCUGGGUGGUAUUGAGGAAACUCAAUGAGUUUCAAGAACUCAACAGAAAACUGCGUCAGUUGUCGUCGAGCGUCAAAAACUUUGAACUUCCCUCCCAGCCUCUCAAGUUCUUUGGAAAAUCUGACAAAAACUCAAUCGACAAGGCGAAGGCGCAGAUUCAGAGAUACUUAAAUUUUGUGUUGGAAGACGAUAGGUUAAAUCAGAGUGAAGCUCUUUACGCAUUUCUGAGUCCAAGUUCCGAACAUUUAAAGCACACGGCUCCUUCUCCUAAGAAAUCUCGUUUCUCCCUCUCGACUCUAUUUAAAAGUAGCGGCUCAAGCGGCAGUGGAGAUUCAAGGGAAAAAGACGACGAGGAAGAUUACUCGUUGCUGUUGGACGACAAUGAAGCUGGGCGAACUUCCAGUGAUGGUUUUCUUGGCCCUGGAAAGGAUGCGAUCGCCGAACCAUUGUACACCCUUCUUGGCGAAGUUUUUGAUCUGCGGGGCGUCUUUCGUUGGCUGAGGAGAUCGCUUAUCACAUUUGUGCAAAUUACUUAUGGAAGAACGAUAAACAGACAAGUAAGAGACACAGUUGCCUGGGUCUUAUCGGAACCUAUGCUGCAUUACUAUAUUCAACUCUUCUCGAAAUCCUGGUGGCCAAAUGGUCAAUUAGCUUCGGAUUCUGUUGUCAGAACCGAUGAAGAGAAACUUAAGACUCGUGGGGAAGCGCGAAGGCAGUUUUUAAAUAACGUACCUGAAGUGUUGACGAAUUUGGUUGGAGCCCAAAGCGCUCAACGUGGCGCUACUAAAGUGUUCGACACUCUGCAGAACGUGAAUCUCAACAAGCAACUAUUUUAUGAUAUCUUCGAAGUAUUAAUGUACGAAGUGUUUCCAGAACUGCAGAAUAAGUAAGGUGUCCUUUUUUUUUUAACAAACUGACCUUUGAUAUCGAUUGCAUUUAUCUUCUUUUGCAAGUGACAAAAAAGCAAAACUCAUUUUGCCAUCGAUGGUAUCAAAGAUUCUAGAACAGUGAAUCAAAUACAGAUGCAGUCUCGUAUCUAACUUUUGUAUUGUAUUUUUACAUACAAUUUUGAAUUUUCUACAUUCCAUUAGUGUCCUAGCGUUUCAUGCAAGUGUGACUCGGAACACGUUUUCUGUUUUCGCCUUUUUAUAAUUAUCAAGGGGGAAUGAAGUUUUUGUCACGUGCUAGUAGAUUUUAUGAGUAGAGUUAUAAUUCUAGAUUUCUACCUUACCGAUAUUGAGACUGUUCCACAACUCAAAAGGUUCAUGUCCGUGCUAAAUGAUGAUGAAACCAUCAAGAAUAUUUCAGAAAUUUAGCACAGACACAAACCACUUGUAGAACGGUCUCGAUGUCGAUAAGGUGGACAUUUAAAAUUAAAACGCUUCUUACUUAUUUAAUGGCGCUGAUUAUAAUUUCAUUUCUAUGCAGCUUUAGCAGAUUCAGUAUUUUUCGAAUCAGUAUGGACCAAUUCUUAUCGUUAUCGUUUCCGAAUCGCGAAUCAUGGAUCAUACAGGUAUCGAGUGUUUUUACUGUGACAAUAUUACUUAAAUAAAAUGAGAAAUGUAUUUUUAAAACAGGCCUUCUCAAUUUGAAGAAAGCUUUAACAUAAAAAGAAAGUAAUUUCAAGGCUGCGAAGCACAGGAGAAAAUUCUCUAGGGAAUUCUACUUUCUUUCCUGAAUCGAAGCUGAUACUUAGCAAACUUAAAUGUUAAUGUGAUCGACGUAGAAAAUUGUUAGACUCCAAGCUCUCCCAAGGAGAAAUUUAGGUAGUCUUUUAGAAAAAAUAGUUGGCCUGUAACUGACUUAAGCGCUAAAAUCGAUGCGUUCUGUAUAUUUUUAUGUAGAAUAUUAGAAAUAGAUAAUUUUUUUUGAUUAAGAGUAUUCGUUGCAACACGGUGCUAAAAACCAAAGACAAUUCCGAAUUUCUCUGACUCUUGGAAUUUUAAAAUAUCUGCUUUGCAGACAAUUUAUCAUUUAUAUUUGCAAAUUAUUGUCGAGCACUUGGAUGCACUUCCUAAAAAAUCUUUUAGUAUCGUUGAGAAAAUAGAAAGUUAUAUAUCUUUCGUUGUCUGUGAAAUGUAAUUUUUGUAGAUAGUUUAAAUUUUAAAAUAAGGUGCAGGAUAGACUUCAGCCAAUUAGUGGCCCUUAUGUGUUUACUCUUAGCCGACUUGAUAUAAAUAGGAAUUGCGAGAGCCCUUUUUCAAAUCUUUUUAAUCAAAUUCCUACGAUUUUUUUACGACUCACAAGUUUCUAUUUUUUCAAUAAUGGUUUUGUUUAUUCCAUUUACUUUUUAUGGAAAUAAGAAACCUGAUUAGUUGUUAGAUUUAUAAAUUUUGUUGUGUGUGCAUUUAUAUUUUUCACUGAAUUGUUCGUGUAGAGUUUUUAAAUUUAUAUCGUGGGAAAAAUAGGGCAAUGUAUCAAACUCUGUGUUCGAUUUGUGGAAGUGAAACCUAUCUAAAUUAAUCUGUGCAUGUGAAAAUAUUUUUUCUGGAGAGAAGCAUUGAGAGCGAGCCAAAUCUGUUGGCCAUUGAUAAGUUUUCUGUAAAAUCUUUGUGGAUUUUAUUUUCAAAGAACUCUAGAACAUUUUGUCGAUGAGUACCAGUCCUGUUAUAUUUUUAGAGUGCACUUUUUAAAUUAAAAUUGGCCUUUUACGAAAGGUGACGAAUAAAAGUGUUGAUGCUGAUUUGAUAAGGAUUUGAUCAUUUGUUCUUAAGACGGUGCCAAAGUAAGUUGUCCAGAUAAUAUUUAUUUAUAUGAGAAUAUUGAGCAGGAAGGUAUGAUUCUUCAGAAUGGAUUGUAGAAUUUAAGUGCAAUGUAAUUGCAAUUUAUUCUGUGCACAAAGUAUACAUAUAUAUGUAUUGGCUCAUGGUCAAUAUACUUCGAACUGAAAUAAAUGUACGUCAGCCUAA